AUGCAUCCUGGGAAUAUCCUUGUUCGGGUGGCUCAAACCAAGCCUUCUCGGAAACAGCUGUUUAAAUCUAAGCCGCAUGUCAUCUUCCUUGAUGUAGGCAUGACUGCUGAACUAUCUAAGAGCGAUAGGGUAAAUUUGCUGGAAUUUUUUAAAGCUGUUGCCCGCAGGGAUGGUCGCACAGCAGCUGAGUGCACGCUUAGGUUAUCUAAACAACAGCAGUGCCCUAACCGUGAGGCUUUCAUUCAGGAGGUGAAAGAGUCAUUUGAUUUCUGGGGUACACCAGAAGGUGAUGUUGUUCAUCCUGCUGAGUGCAUGCAGCAACUACUUGAGCAGGUUAGGCGUCAUAAAGUCAACAUUGACGGCAAUGUCUGCACAGUGAUGGUUACAACUUUGGUUCUUGAGGGUUGGCAGCGAAAGCUUGAUCCAGAUUAUGAUGUGAUGCACACGCUACAGACAUUGCUUCUUAAAUCUGACUGGGCUGAGUCCCUCUCAUAUACAAUUGAAGGUCUUAUGGCUCCUUGA